AUGAUUUCCUGACACACAGCAAGCUGGAGAAAGAAAGGAAAAACUCCAUUAAAACCCUCCAGACUCUCCUCCAUGUUAGGAAUGAAAUGGAAAAUGGAGUGGAUUUAACAGGAAUCCCUGAUUCCUGCGGCCAGGCUGGAGGAAGGGAGACGCGACUCACAGCCGCAGGCUGCUGAUAUUUUUUAAGUCGCAAUAAAUACCGAGAACUCUGGGGCAGGAUGAGGAUUUCCUGACUCGGACGAACAAGAAAGGACAGAUUUUCGCAAUAUUCCUCUCCUUAUAUUUAAUUUAUUCACCUCGAUGAUUCUCUUGACUGCUCUGGUAAUUGUUAGAAGCGGCUGUGACAGCCUGGAAACAUUAGUAUGAUUUCCUGAGUUUGAGAUUCCUCGCCCCCCCCCCCCCCACCACUACUCCAAACUCAGGAAAAGUCAAUACAAUCGCACUUCAUUUUUCCUUCAUGUGCACUUGGAAGUCCUGGGAGCAGCAAGAGCAGCGGUGGCAGCAGCAAGAAUGAACUGCAAGGAAGAAGAUGAUAACUGCACUGACGGGAGCAGCAAUAACCCCAAGAAGAUGUUAAAAUGCGUGGUGGUUGGGGAUGGUGCGGUUGGGAAAACCUGUUUGCUGAUGAGCUAUGCCAACGAUGCCUUCCCUGAGGAGUACGUGCCCACCGUGUUUGACCACUACGCAGUAACUGUGACUGUGGGAGGACAGCAGCACUUGCUGGGACUUUACGACACUGCAGGGCAGGAGGACUACAACCAGCUGAGACCCCUGUCCUACCCCAACACGGACGUGUUCUUGAUCUGCUUCUCGGUGGUGAACCCUGCCUCGUACCACAACGUCCAGGAGGAGUGGGUCCCCGAGCUGAAAGUCUGCAUGCCCAAUGUGCCUUACGUCCUCAUAGGAACACAGAUUGAUCUUCGAGAUGAUCCCAAAACUUUGGCUCGGCUGCUUUACAUGAAGGAGAAACCACUCACCUACGAGCACGGAGUGAAGCUGGCUAAGGAGAUCGGAGCACAAUGCUACCUGGAGUGCUCAGCGCUCACACAGAAGGGCCUUAAGACUGUCUUCGAUGAAGCAAUCCUGACCAUUUUCCAUCCCAAGAAGAAGAAGAAGCGUUGUGCAAAAUGCCACCGCUGCUGCACCAUUUUGUGAAGCCACUUGGAAAGGAAAGUGAGAUGAGUUCAGUGAAACCAAGCAGGUUAGAAAGGCAAUGAAAGUCACAUGCAACUGAAACGGGGAACAUGACCAGAAAGGGGUCCUUUUUACCAAAAUAGGAGCCCUCCAUUCUGUGAAACCUCCAAGCUGUAUCACGCUAGGCCAUCUCAUGUCUAUGUGCUUUCCUAAACCUCCAGAGUCGUACGCAGCCUGUUCCCACUGCUGUGGACUGCACUGAGCCAACAGAAACCAGGAUGCCUGCUCCUGCUCGACUCUUCUUCACCUUAGGGAUAAGGGGAAGGUGUUUGGAAAACAAGCAAACAAACAAGAAAUUAAAGGUGGUAAAAAGAAACAGGAGAAACUCCAUUUGUGGCCUUAAGCAAGUAUUGAUCAAAAUUAGGAAUUUACAGUAGGAAUUGAAUCUGAACUGACCGAAAGCACGUGGAGAUCUGUAGAAAUCUAAUAUGUAAAAUGUACACUAUAGGUAGGAUGUACUUUUAAAUUACUUUUCUUUUUAUAAAGCUCGCUAGGUCGGGAUAUACUUCAGUUGGUUCGAACUACAUGGAAGCAAAGUGGAGUGAUUCAGCUUAUUUUCACUUAAUGGUGAAACUUCACAGCGUCCGUAUGUUGCUGCACUCAAGCUAUCAAAAUGGAUCAACAUUUACCUCCAGACUUAAGGAAUGUUCUUACAACUUAAAAAUGCAAGUAACUGUACUUCUACAAGGGAAUGUUCAGGCUGAGCCAUGUUUCCAUAAGCUGGGAAAGGAAGAACAGAGUUGUAGCAUUUACGUACUGAAACAAAGACGUUCUGCCACCAAAGAGUAUUGCCCUAGACAUGAAAUCCCAGCGUGCAACAAUCGCCUUUCCAAAGUGAGAACAUGAAAGAGACACAUUGCCAUGGCAACUGAAAAAUUACCUUAUAGAUCAGCUGGAUUUCUGCAUUUCACCCAGCAGACAAAAACAGCAAAAACCAAAAAGCCAAAGGUCACUCUGAUCUCAAGCGCUUUAAGGUGAUCCAAGUGCCUCAAGAUUUUUUUAGAGUAUAUCAUGUAAAAAAAAAAAUUACCAAAGCAGAGUUAUAAACACGGUGAUUUACUGUAGUUCCCCCUCCCCUCACUCAUUACUUCUUUCCUUGCUCCCACUUCCCGUUCUUCUUAUGGUAAGUGCUGGUCAAGUCACAGUCCUCAGGAGCGGACUUUCCGGCUGGGUGCAGGUAAUGGGCUGCAGCCCACAGCACAGAGGUGGGAAGUCCAGACCUGGAGGGAGCACAAGCUGCCUGUAAGCUCCCUGUGCUGUUGAAAAAAAGUGUGCUUUCCACUAAAGCCUCUCCAGGGAGUGUCUACGUUCGCACUUCACUGCAACGUUGAUGCUCAGAGACGAACUCGAAGGGCAUCUGUCUUCGGAUACCCUGGCAAUGCCAUGAGACUGUUCUGUUGUGGAUUUCAUUUGCCAAGCUGAAAAUCACAGUGCCAGCAAAUACAGAUUUCGAGACCUCAAAUGUAACUCCUUGCAAAAGCAGCAUCUGCAGUUAGUGGUCCCAGAACUGCUCAGAGUAAGCAGCUAACAGAAGAGUACCCCCAGGCGUGUACUGGGCCCCCUUGCCCCGCUCCUCUCCAGAAGCACUGUAAUGUGGCUGAGUGCACACAGGCAACCAGAAAACCCUUGUGAUUAGCAGUGAAUUACAGACUGAGUGUUAAUCUGAGGAAUUAGAGACUUCAGCAGGAUCACAGGAACUGCACCAUUGGUGCAGAGAAGGGAAUGAGCAUGAUGCAGUGCCCAGUCCUGCAGCCAUUGAAGAUUAUGGAUCCAAGCUCCUGCUUUCACUCUAGCAUGAAUUUUAUUUGACAUGGACACCAACAGAAACCAGAUCAGACACCUCAAAACAUUUCUAAGAGGAAAUCAAUGUUUUUCAGUGAAAAGAGCGAUCAAAUGUGGGCUUAGUGCCUUGCUGCUCUUACCCAGCUGGCUUUCACUCACCACCUCUUCCUUGCUGCGCACAAGUAUGGAUGAAAACAAAGUUGCACUAAUUCAAAGCUAUACAAAAGAAAGAUUUCCUUACCACCAGCCUUGUUCCUACAUACAUUACAUUUGGUUCUAUUAUGUCCCAGACAUUUGCUUCCAAUGGACUGCCUGAUACAACACAGCUCAGAGCGAGGACAGAGCUGAAGCCCAGUGAAGGAGCUCAUGUCGUGCCGCAGAGGCUGUGCUGCUGUCCCAAUGUGUGUAGCAGCUGGGACACCAGCAAUCAGCUGAACUAUAACGUGUAAAAAGAUAUUGGAAGACUAUGAGGGAAACUAGGAGUAACUAAAAGUCCACUGGGGAACUAAAAAAAAAGAAAAGGUUUCAACAGAUAUCAGAGAAAACAAUUAGAGCUUCACUGUGCUGCUCUUUGCUUCAGUGGAAAUAGGUGAUGAUUUUCUUACAGCUGAUGUAGGCUGCUGUAGAGCACUAGCCUGUAUACAAGUCUCUGGUUGAAGUAAGUGAAGUCUGCUGUAGCUGAAGUGCAAUGCAAACACUCAGGUUGGAGCUGCCAGAUAUUCUUAGAGCUUCACAAAAUACAGAGGAAACAAAAAUCCAGACUGACAGCUGAGCUUAUCGCAAAAUAAUGAGCACACUGGCAAAGUGCAAUAUAGCAUUCCCGGCAUGCAUCAGAGCAAGCCACAAUACUGAAAUGAUAUUUUUGUGUGCUACCCAGUAUCAGUACUGCCUAUUAAUACUAAUAGGAUGGCAUAGGGUAGCCACAUAAAAUCAAAAAUCAAAUAGGAAGUUUUAGUGCUAAUGUAACUACAGUGGAGGAAAAUUAACUAAAAAAUCAUAUGGUGAUAUAGAAGCUAAAAUGCUCCAAUCCUAAUGUAUUAAACUGUAGCACCCUGCACAAAUCAUUGCAUAACUGUGAAAGCAGAUACAUGUAAAAAAUAUUAAGAUUAACCAGGGUUUUAUUCAUAUCUACAAAAUGAAGCGCCUAAGUUUGUGAAGCAGUACAAUUGCAAGUUUUUCAAGCUGAUUGUAAUUAAAAUUUGACAUUUGGGAGCUAGAAAGGAGGGAGGGUGGUCACAAUCCACUGAGAAAUCACCUCUGUACUCCUUCUAUUUUUAAUCUCAUUUCCAACAAAAAUAAUUGGUUUGUUUUUUUUUUAAAUAGACAUGGCUAAUGCAGGUCCCAUAAACAUUAGGCCUGCGUUAUGUACACACAUUUAUCUAUGCAAUGUGACAUUUUUUCAAGGAUCUGCCCUGAUAGUCUGCUGUUUUGGGGAGGAUGGAAUAACACAGAGCAACAGGCUUCAGAAAGGCAUUGUAGACAGAUGCCAGGAGACUCAUUGACUAUCUGGCAAGUCAUACCUAAUACCUUUCCUAAAAGCCAACAGAUGGUGUGUGAACAGGCAGCAAAGCCUAUUUUCAGAAAUAUCAACACACCAGGCACAGUGCAAGCACAGGCAUAAGGCAACAGAUAUAAACUUCAAGUUAUUUUCAAGCACCAUUAGUAACAAGAAAAGAAAAUCAAUAAAUGAUUGCCAGCUGAAAGGAGAUAGGUUUUCUCAUUGUAAGACGAGCUGGAAAUCAGACCCUGAUUUCACCUUCAAAGGAGCAGAGGCAGGAUAGUCAUAAAGGCUAUAAACCAUCCCAGGAACCUAUCUGACAAUGUCCUUUUAAUGCAAACGACGUCAAAGCCUUUCCUGACAGAGCUGCCUCUGCUAAUAGUCUGCUGCCAUUCCUAAAGCACUCACAACUUAAAAGAAGUCUGCUAGAUCCUAGAAAACCCAUCUCCUUUGACCUCUUCUGAAACCUUAAUGUUCUAUCGGGAGUUGUUAACCUGAAUUUCUCUGACAAAGAAAGAUGUGGAAACAAAGCUCCAACCCUACUCAGUGCCAUACAGGAGCAUUUGUUCAGCCAGGUGUAAGUCCCGUGUGCUUAUAUCCCCUGGGACUGGAGGGGAGCAGUUCUCAAUCUGAGCUCCCCAUGACUGUCCUGCAUGCCAAACGCUCCCAGACCUUCCCUCUCUGCCCUGCAAACACCUCCUGUCACAGCAGUGUGUAGCUCAUGAAGAACAAUCAAUUGCAUCAGACCGAGAAAUAAAAAGCUUUGUCUCACGCUGCCUUGAAUUAGGCUCAAUUAGUGCCAAAGGCACGAUGUGGGCCUUUCCCUUGACUUUGACACCCGCUGGACCUGCCGCUAAUCUUCUGCACCACCAAUAUGCCGGGAGAGCGCCUGACACGAAGGGUUGGUGUAGCCGAGAAAGGAAGCCUCUCAUGCUAAGUGGGAGCUGCAGAAUUCACAGAGUCCAGCAGGACCACUGAAACAAUCAUUUCAGCAGCUGUCACUGAUAUUUCUCACCCUUCUUCUCUUUUAAAGCACUGCUUCAGUUCAAAACAAACACAGCUGUCAAGAUCUCACCCAAGAUACUGUCCCAAGACUCCAGAGACACAGUCUGAGAGCCCUUUGCAGGAGCUUGGAAAAGGUUGUAGAAGUUCUUGCAAACAAUUUCUACCAAUGCCUCCCUUCAUCACAGCCAGUGUUGUACACAGCAAGGGAUACAUUGGCCAAUUACACCAAGAGUAUGUGUCUAGCAGAUGUAUUUUCACCACGGGAGCUGGCACUUCCUUACAAAAACGUCCCUCUAAUUCAGAUAUGAAAGCUUACUUGUAGUCCAUGACCUUUUCUUCAGCUUUUUUUCCCCAGCGACACAGCAAAUACCUCCUGAUUCACAGUACUGAAACCUCAUCCAGAUUAAAAAUAAAUUGCAAUGGCAUCAAUCAGUCUCAAGGCAGGCUGGUCUGAAACACAAACACAAAUGGAGAAGGCAAAUGUGCCUUCUCCGCCGCAGCAAUACAACAUAUGCUCGUUUAAGCCCAGGAACCAUUUGUUUAAUGAACAGGUUGAAUGCAGGAAUCUGGCUGCAUAUGCAUUGCUCCUGUAUUUUCCUUUUGCCUAAAGAGUAUGUGCGAUUUGUUUUAUCCUGCUUCUGUAUUUAUCUGGAAAAUACAGAACAUUUUCUUGGUUCACAUCUCUAUAGGACUAGAGUUCUUACUGUGACAGGAGGUGAGCAUGGAGCAACCUAUGUCAGAUCAUUUCUGGACACAGUUGUGCUCUGUGUAAAAAUGAAAACAAGUCUCUCCUAUAAAUGCCUAUUUUCCUCUUAGUGAAUAAAGCCCCUCUGAGGGCAGGAAAAAGCCUCCCACUGACUUCAAUAGUGCCUUGUGAUCUCAGCUCUCCUCACCUAUCAAAACAAAACAUGAAUAGCUGCAAGAUCAGGGUCCAGAGUCACUGUCAGCUUGAUCCUGAAAUGUAAAUUUCAUUUUAAGAUAUUAAGGGGGUGCCCAUAACUAGGAUGAUUUUUUUUUUCAUUCUGCUUUCUUUGCUUCAGUUAAAGCUUUCAGAAAUCUGUGAAUGACAAUUUAUUUUUCCUGGGCAGUUCCAGGAACCCCAGCAGAACAACAAAGAGAGUCAGAACCUCACUGCAAGAGCAAAACGAGCUCACAAACCCACAUAUCGCAGAGGGACAAGCUCAUAUGAAUUGUUGUCAGUGGUGAAAAAUCUCUUUGACUUUGAAAACACGUGCUAAUAAAAAUAGCUCUGAGCAUGAUCCCCCCCCCUCGCCUCCUUCCAGAACAUACAGACCAUAAUGCCAUAGUGGUUGGCUGCAUCUUUUAACUAUAAUUUCAGGUUUGGAUUUUCAAAGGUACUGUGUUUCAGCUUCAUUUCUCAUGAAGACAAUGGAAAAUUUCGGUGGGGUCCACACAUGACUAACAUGGAAAGCAUUUGAGCAUCUCCUUGUUUCCUUUUUGUCUGCCCUAUUACUGUGGCUGACCAAGCUUUGAGCACACAGAUACACUGAGCUGGGUCCAAGAAUCUGUUAUACUUUUUGGCUGCUGGUUGUUGACUCCCUAAAGAAGUUAGGCAUCUGGAGACUUUGAUCUGAUCUGAUCUUUAGCUCAAGCUCUGGAGACUGGAUUUGUAACUCCUGCUUUCAACCAUUACUGCAGCCGAAGAUGAAAAUGAUUACAUUAGCAGUGUAAUAUCAAGACAAAUAGGUAUCUUUGCUGAGUUUGACACUGCACUCAUUGCUGUCAUUAAAUUUCAUCUCACCCCAGUGGAGUGGUAGCAUUCAGCAUGCCAGAUUGAAUUUUGCAUUUGGUUGUGCCAAAGAUCACUUUGAGCUCUUGCUGAUAGCAGCUCUGGCAAAUUUUGACUUUGAUCAGAGGCUAAUGAAUUCACAGCAAACAGUUGUCGCCAGUCUACAGUUUCCAGAUCGUCCAGCACAACAGUUAUUUGUACUGAUAGCAUGUAGAGAUUUUUGUCUGAUGUCUGUCAGAGUAGUUUGGAUGUAAGCCACGUCCACAGUGUGACUGUCGUACCGUCUCUCCCAACACACUCCCCCAGAACAGGCAGCUGCUCUAACAACAUUACUGAACCGGCAGGCACAGAACCACCCUGUCGAUAUGGAGUAAAUGAGCCCAAACUUUCCCCAAACCUGUAAAUAUUAACCCCUUAACAAGCAUUAACAUAAAGCUACGUGAGAGAGGAAAGACACUGCCGAAGUCAUCUCAACUCCUCAGCAGCGGUGACCAGAGGUGGCAAGCCCAGGCUGCCGGGUGGGAUGUGCUACAGAGCAGGGCACAGCACAGCAGCCUUGCUGCCCCAGCCCCAGCCUCCUCCUUGUGAAAAGGAGGGCUUCAAAGAGGAAGGCUGCAGAGAGGAAGAGCAGGGAGACAGACCUGGACUGUCCUCGAGUGCAAGGAUAACUGAAUCCAGUUGAACCUGUCAUGAUGUUGACGCACCUGUUACGUACAGGCAUUUCGCUGCAAAGAGAUUCUCUGCUUCCCUGAGAACACAAAGACAAGAAAUUUUCUUUCCUUUCUUUUUGCGUAGUACUUCAGCAAUACUUACAGUGCAACAAGUUAUUCUCAUUGAGUUCAUUCGUGAAGCAAAUGCAAUGACCUCAGCCCAAAUCAGAGCCUAACACAUCAUCCAUCAGCUCUUAGCAAGUUAAGAAAGAGCAUCAUUUACUUGAUGUGAGCAACUGAAGCUUUCUCUCUUAAAAGUUGCUAUGUGCAAUAUCUCUGGAGUAUGGGUCUGGUAAAACCAAAGGAUGAGUACUAAAAAGUUACGUCUAACUUCUGAGUGGCAUAUCUCUUUUUAAAGAUGAACCAAAUCUUCAAAAUUCAAGUCAGAGCAAUACAAUUUCAAGCCAAGGAAAUAUAGUUUUCCAGCAAUUGUUUUGCAUAGUUUAAAAAUCAUGUAAACAGUAUUAGUUUCCUAUUUACUGCACAUGAUUCUGUACUCUUUUGCUUAUCCUCUUUUAAACAUGUAAUUAUUGUAUAUUGUAACUGCAUAUUAAUAUCCUCUAUUGUACAUAGUUUAUUUUAACAAAAUAAAUGUAUUACUAAGUAUUUUGACAGCAUCAUUUGAAGAAGGUAUUGCCACUCUAUGUAUUUUCCCAGAUGCUAAUCACUUACACUCAGCAUGACAUCUCAGGCAGGAAAAACAUGCACUGAUACAUAGGAUUGCUUUUGGGUGGUCCUAGAACCACCUGCACCUUCCAGUGUCCCCCACCAACAAUAUAAAAAG